CACACGCAUACACACACACUGAGAGUAAGAGAGAUAGAGAGAAUGGGAAUGGAGGGGAGAAUCAUUGCGUCUGGGUUAUAACUACUACAGAGAAUUCCUUCAGCUGGAAGUGUGGAAGAAGAAGAAAUAUUCCCAAGAAUUCCCGAGUGGUGUUUAUUCCAGAGCAGGAGAAACACGAGUUAAGGCGUGAAAGACGGAGCCAUGCGAUAAAGCACCGGAGGAAAAACAUGGGCGCAGUGCUGCGGACUCUCCUCUUCUGUACUUUUUGUUUGCAAAUACGCGCCGUGCCUUUCCUCCUGUAUGCCAACAGGCGCGACCUACGGCUUGUGGACGCAGCCCAAGGACACAGCACCAACGCCACGGUGGUGGUGAGUGGCUUGGAGGACGCAGCGGCCGUGGACUUUGUUUACGGCAGAGGUUUCAUCUACUGGAGCGAUGUGAGCGAGGAGUCCAUCAAACGAGCCGUCCUGAAUGGUUCCAGCCUCAGCACUCAGAACACGGUGGUGUCGGGCCUGGCCUCCCCUGACGGUCUGGCCUGCGACUGGCUGGGGAGUAAACUUUACUGGACGGACUCUGAAACGAACAGAAUCGAGGUAGCCGAGCUCGACGGUACGCUCAGGAAGGUGCUUUUCUGGCAGGACCUGGACCAGCCGAGAGCGAUUGCUUUGGAUCCAGCCAGAGGUUACUUGUACUGGACGGACUGGGGUGAGAUCCCAAAGAUCGAGAGGGCAGGAAUGGAUGGCACAAAUCGAGCCGUCAUUAUCGACACCGAUAUCUACUGGCCUAAUGGGCUGACGUUGGACUACAGCCAGCAGAAGCUUUACUGGGCUGACGCCAAAUUCAACUUCAUUCAUCGCUCUAAUCUGGAUGGCACGGGGAGAGAGGUGGUGGUGAAGGGUUCUCUCCCACACCCCUUUGCCUUAACGCUGUACGAAGACACGCUCUUUUGGACCGACUGGAACACACACUCCAUCCACUCGUGCCAGAAGCAGACGGGCGAGGAGCGCCGCGAGAUCCACUCCAACAUCUUCUCACCUAUGGACAUUCACGUUUUCAGCCAGAAGAGACAGCUCACAGAGGUGGCGAGUCCGUGCUCUGUGAAGAACGGGGACUGUUCGCACCUGUGCCUGCUUUCUCCGGUGAAGCCGUACUACCAGUGUGCCUGUCCCACCGGCGUCCAGCUGCUGGAGGACAACAAGACCUGUCGAGACGGAGCCACAAAGCUGCUUCUCCUGGCGCGGCGAACAGACCUGCGGCGGAUCUCACUGGACACGCCGGACUUCACCGACAUCGUCCUGCAUGCCGAGGACAUCCGGCACGCCAUCGCUAUUGACUACGACCCCGUGGACGGCCACGUGUAUUGGACAGAUGACGAAGUGCGGGCGAUCCGGCGCGCUCGGUUAGACGGCAGCGACUCUCAGCUCCUCGUCACCUCUCAAGUCAGUCACCCGGACGGCAUCGCUGUGGACUGGGUCGCGCGCAACCUCUACUGGACCGACACCGGCACUGAUCGCAUCGAAGUGACACGGCUCAACGGUACCAUGAGGAAGAUCCUGAUUUCUGAGGACCUGGACGAGCCUAGAGCUAUCGUACUGGAUCCUGUCGCAGGAUACAUGUACUGGACUGACUGGGGCGAGAUCCCUAAAAUUGAGCGAGCCACUCUGGAUGGAACCGAUCGGGUCAUGAUGGUGAACACUUCUCUGGGAUGGCCUAACGGCCUAGCGCUCGACUAUGCAGAGAGGAAAAUCUACUGGGGUGAUGCUAAGACCGACAAAAUAGAGAUGAUGAACAUGGACGGUACAGGUCGCAGGAUCUUGGUCGAGGACAAACUUCCACACAUAUUCGGGUUCACCCUUUUGGGCGACUAUGUUUACUGGACAGACUGGCAGCGGAGGAGCAUCGAGCGCGUUCACAAACGCACCGCCGAGCGAGAAGUGAUCAUCGACCAACUGCCUGACCUCAUGGGGCUGAAAGCCACUUAUGUCAACCAGACUUCUGGAACGAACCCGUGCGCCGAGAACAACGGCGGCUGCAGUCACCUGUGCUUGUACAGGCCACAGGGCGUGGCAUGCGGGUGUCCCAUCGGCCUGGAGCUCAUGGGCGACAUGAGCACGUGCAUCGUGCCCGAAGCCUUCCUCCUCUUCUCACGUCACACCGACAUCCGGCGCAUCUCUCUAGAAACCAACAGCAACAACGUGGCCAUCCCGCUCACCGGCGUCAAGGAGGCCUCCGCGCUCGACUUCGACGUCACAGACAAUCGCAUCUACUGGACCGAUAUCACUUUAAAGACCAUCAGCCGAGCGUUCAUGAACGGCAGUGCCCUGGAGCACGUGGUGGAGUUUGGUCUGGACUACCCAGAGGGCAUGGCGGUGGACUGGCUGGGCAAGAACCUGUACUGGGCUGACACCGGGACCAACCGCAUCGAGGUGGCAAAGCUGGAUGGCCAGCACAGGCAGGUCCUGGUGUGGAAAGACCUGGACAGUCCACGAGCUCUGGCACUGGAUCCUGCCGAAGGUUUCAUGUACUGGACCGAGUGGGGUGGAAGACCCAAGAUUGACCGGGCAGCCAUGGACGGAACUGGCCGGAUCACACUGGUGCUCAACGUGGGUCGCGCUAACGGGCUGACCAUCGACUACGCUGAGAGGCGGCUCUACUGGACCGACCUGGACACCACGCUUAUUGAAUCUUCCAACAUGCUAGGUCGCGAGCGCGAGGUGAUCGCAGACGACUUGCCCCACCCUUUUGGUCUCACGCAAUACCAAGACUACAUUUACUGGACGGACUGGAGCCAGCGCAGCAUCGAGCGCGCCAACAAAACCAGUGGGCAGAACCGCACACUCAUCCAGGGUCACCUGGAUUACGUCAUGGACAUCCUGGUGUUCCACUCGUCACGUCAGGGAGGCUGGAACGCCUGCGCCUCCACCAACGGCCACUGCUCGCACCUGUGCCUGGCCGUGCCCGUCAGCAGUUACGUCUGCGGCUGCCCGGCGCAUUACUCGCUCAACGACGACAACAAGACCUGCAGUGCACCCACCUCUUUCCUACUGUUCAGCCAGAAACCCGCUAUCAGUCGGAUGGUAAUGGACGAGCAGCAGAGCCCUGACAUCAUCCUACCCAUUCACAGCCUGCGAAACGUGCGAGCCAUCGAUUACGACCCGCUCGACAAACAUCUCUACUGGAUCGAUACCAAACAGAACGUCAUCCGGCGGGCCCAGGAGGACGGCAAUCAGAGUAUGACUGUGGUGUCCAGCCCACCCGGAGGUCACAAUCUGGGCCUGCAGCCAUAUGACCUGAGUAUUGACAUCUACAGUCGCUUCAUCUACUGGACCAGCGAGGUGACCAACGUGAUCAACGUGACCCGCCUCGACGGCUCACGUGUCGGAGUGGUCCUCCGUGGAGAGCAUGACAAACCCCGUGCCAUUGUGGUUAACCCCGAGAGAGGGUACAUGUACUUCACCAACCUGCAGGAGCGCUCUCCUAAGAUUGAGCGGGCAGCUCUGGACGGCACCGAGCGAGAGGUGCUCUUCUUUAGCGGCCUGAGCAAACCCGGCGCCCUUGCUAUUGACAACGAGCUCGGCAAGCUGUUCUGGGCCGACAUGGAGCUGCGGCGCAUCGAGAGCAGCGAUCUGUCGGGCGCCAAUCGGAUCGUUAUUGAAGACUCCAACAUACUGCAGCCAGUGGGCUUGACUGUGUUCGGGAAUCACCUUUACUGGAUCGACCGGCAGCAGCAGAUGAUCGAGCGCAUCGACAAGACGACCCGCGAGGGCCGCACGAAAAUCCAAGCCCGCAUUACCGCGCUGACUGACAUCCACGCGGUCCACGAGCUUCACAUGGACGAGUACAAUAAACACCCAUGUACCCAAGACAACGGAGGAUGCUCCCACAUCUGUAUAGUCAAAGGAGACGGUACGACCCGUUGCUCCUGCCCUGUUCACCUGGUCCUUCUCCUGGACGAACUAUCCUGUGGAGAGCCGCCCACUUGUUCCCCUGAGCAGUUCUCAUGCACCUCCGGGGAGGUGGACUGUAUCCCGCAGGCCUGGCGCUGCGAUGGGUACAUCGAGUGCAAGGAUGAAAGCGACGAGCAGGACUGCCCCGUGUGCUCCGACGACGAGUUUCAGUGCGACAGUAAGCAAUGUGUGGACCUCUCGCUGCGCUGCAAUGGCGAGAUCAACUGCCAGGACCGCUCGGACGAGAACAAGUGCGAUGUUCAUUGCCCUCCAGAUCAGUUCACCUGUAACAAUGGCCAGUGCAUCGGCAAACACAAGAAGUGCGACCACAACACGGACUGCACCGACAACUCGGAUGAAAUUGGCUGCUACCCAACGGAGGAACCUUCGCCCCAGCCCACCAACACCAUCGGCUCGAUCGUCGGCGUGGUAAUGACGCUGUUCGUCGUGGGCGCAGUGUACUUUGUGUGCCAGCGUGUCCUGUGCCCACAGAUGAAGGACGACGGCGAGACCAUGACCAAUGAUUUCGUUGUGCAUGGACCGUCCUCCGUGCCCCUGGGCUACGUGCCACACCCGAGCUCCCUGUCCGGGUCACUUCCAGGCAUGUCCCGUGGGAAGUCUGUGAUUGGCUCGUUGAGCAUUAUGGGUGGAAGCAGCGGGCCGCCGUACGAUCGCGCUCACGUAACGGGGGCUUCUUCAAGCAGCUCAUCCAGCACAAAGGGCACUUACUUUCCUCCUAUUCUGAACCCUCCUCCUUCACCAGCUACAGUGCGCUCGCAGUACACGAUGGAGUUCGGCUACUCGUCCAACAGUCCCUCCACACACCGCUCAUACAGCUACAGACCGUACAGCUACCGGCACUUCGCUCCCCCGACCACGCCGUGCAGCACAGAUGUAUGUGACAGCGACUACACGCCAGGCCGCAGAGCGCAGCCCGUCACAUCCAGCAUCAUGGCUAAGGGCUACGCGAGCGAUGCCAACUACGACUCGGAGCCCUUCCCGCCGCCUCCCACGCCGCGCAGCCAAUACCUGUCGGCUGAGGAGAACUGCGAAAGCUGCCCGCCCUCGCCGUACACGGAGCGCAGCUACUCGCAGCACCUCUACCCUCCGCCUCCUUCGCCCUGCACCGACUCGUCCUGAGCCACACCGAUCACGUCCAUAACACCCCCCAACCUCAACCCCUCCUCCUCUCUGCCCCGCCAUCUCAAUCGGUGUAAAUAGCAUUUGUGCAUAGAAUGACUUUUUUUUUUU